AUUAAAACACAAGCUAUCAGUUUUGCAAACAACUGCUGGAAUUUACGAAAUCUUUGAAUUUUUUUAGUUUGAUCUGGUUCAAUGUAUGCAAUACAACUUUAUAAUUAUUUCCGAACGCCAACAGUUUAAACUUUAUUGUGCGCGUUGUUUGUUGCGCGUAAUCCACUUUACCAUUGGCAGAAAAGUUCAAAAUUAUCUCUGGAAUGAAAUAAACUAUGAUCUUGAGUGUUAUGUAAUCAUUACUGUGACGUCUUUGAUAGAAUAGACUUUGCUACUUUUUCGUUUAUGUAGAUCCAGCAUCGUAUUAUAAAAUUGUAAUUUACGUUAAAUGCAAAUGAAUUUAUUUCUAAGUUCUAGAAUAUCGAUCAUGAAACAAGCAGCUGUGGAUGAACAAAAUAAAUUAUCAAUUCCUAUUGAUGUAAGUUUGAAUGCGUCAAUAACCUCUAUAAAACAGUGUGAAAGUACGGAUACCCGUAGUAUGCAAGACAGUAACUAUAAAAACCCUGAAACAAUAGCAUCUAAUGAAAAUCUAUGUCACAAUACUAGCAUAUUUAAUGCAUGCGACAAUAGCAUUGAUGAUGUUUACCAAAUCGACCAGGACUUAUUUAUUGAUUCAGCAUUAAAUACAAGUCAACCAAAUCAUUCUGUCUCGAAUAAAAACAAUCUUAUUAAUAACAAUAAAUUAACAACCACUGUUUUGUCUGUAAAAAAUGACAUUGUUUGUUCUGCUCCUAAUCCUGAAUUCACUACAGCAAUUUGCAGUGACUGUUCAGAGCAAGAUUUACCAUCUAACCACAGCAGUGAUGAACUCUGUGAAAAGCAUUUUCAGUGCAAUUUUUGCAACAAAAAGUUUUCCAAUAAGCAAAAUUGUGAUAGACAUUAUCGCACUCACACAAAUGAUAAACCUUAUGAAUGCAAUGUGUGUGGUAGAAGGUUUCCUUUCCAAAGAAGCCGAGAUAGACAUUAUCGCACUCAUACCAAUGAAAAAGCUUAUGAGUGCAACAUCUGUGCAAAGAGAUUUUCUCGUAACCAAGGCUUGAAAAGCCAUAUUUUGACGCACACUAAGGAAAAGCCUCACCAAUGUGAAAUUUGUUGCAAGCGCUUUCCUAGGAUUGGUUCAUUAAGGCAACAUUAUCGUCUACACACCAAAGAAAGACCGUACGACUGUGAAGCUUGUGGGAAUAGUUUUUCGCUGAAAAGAAACAGAGAUAAACAUUUCCGUGUUGUGCAUAUGAAUUACAAGCCUUUUCAGUGUAACGCUUGUAGUAAAAAAUUUUCUUCCCAGAAAACUUUACAAUGUCAUUUUACUACUCAUACAAAUGAAAAACCUUAUUUAUGUGAUGUAUGCAAUAAACGGUAUUCUCAUAAGGCAUCUCUUACAUUGCAUUGUAAACAACAUUUAAAUUUAUAAAAUGAUUAAGCAUGCAUUGAACAAAAUGUAAGAUUUUCACCAUACUUAAUUUUAAUUCUGUUAAACAGCAACAAUAAUAGCCAAUUAUACUUUAAAUAUUUGCCGGUUCUCCAAAUAUAAAAUUCCUUGGAACUGUUUGUUCAGAGAUUUCAUAUUAUUUAUGUGUGAGUUAUAAUUUCUAUUGAGGUUCACUUGAUUGCUGAUACAGAACGACUUGCUUGCAAAUGUUUACUCUGUGUUAUAGGGAAUUAAAGGGUAAAUAGUCGUUACAAAGAGGCGACUUGAAGUAACUGAAUUAGAAUUCCGGCUGCCCUCUAGAGAUCAAUGUUUUGGAUGCUUACUGGCAUUUUAAAAAAAGUGCUAGCAAUACUAAGUUAUGAAAUAUCUCUGUUAGUAAGCAAUGAAAUUUAUUUGAUAAUUUUUAUACUCUGUUGGAAGUUAAGAAGAAUCCAUUGCUAUAUAGAAUUUAAUUAAUCAUUCGGGACUGCAUACAGUUCUCUUUUAUUCUGUUAUCAAAUUAUACAAAUAUGCUUUCAUAAUAAUAAAAAAGCUUUUAAAAGUUAAA